UGGUGCCAGGCCAGGCCAGGCUCUCACUCCCGCUGUCCCGGGUCCUGGAGCUCUCCAGGCCGGGCACAUCUGUCACCGCUCUGGUCCCUCUUUAGCCUGCGGGCUAGAGUGUGUGUAGGAUUGACAGGGAGCUGGAGCCAGACUGAGAUUGCUGAGCUCCAAGGUUCUGCGCUUCGGGCAAGGCCCCUACUGGGGCUCUGGCGAGCUCAGCUCCCAGGUCAAGCAGGUGCCAGAACACCGUGCUGUGUCUCCAACAGCUCUGAGGACUCCGUGCUCACCCUGCCCUGGCGGCAUCCGAGUUUGAACAUGGUGCAAAAAUACCAGUCUCCUGUCCGAGUUUACAAGUAUCCAUUCGAGCUGGUCAUGGCGGCCUAUGAGAAGCGCUUCCCCACUUGCCCGCUCAUCCCAGUCUUCCUGGGUAGUGAAAUCCUGGGCGAGUGGCGAAGUGCAGAUGGGGCGGUGCACACGGUGGAGAGGAGCUGCCGGCUGCGUGUGGACGCCCCACGGCUGCUGCGGAAGCUCGCUGGUGUGGAGCACGUGGUCUUCAUUCAGAGAAAUGUCCUGAACUGGAGAGAGAGGACGCUGCUGAUAGAAGCACACAACGAGACCUUCGCAAGCCGAGUGGUGGUGAAGGAGAACUGCCGCUACACAGUCCAUCCUGAGAAUGAAGACUGGACUUGCUUUGAACAGUCUGCCUCCCUGGAUGUCCGCUCCUUCUUUGGCUUUGAGAGCACCUUGGAGAAGAUCGCCAUGAAGCAGUACACUGCCAACGUCAAGAGGGGGAAGGAAGUGAUCGAACACUACCUGAGUGAACUCAUUUCCCAGGGGACGUCCCACAUUCCCCGCUGGACACCAGCCGCACUCCGGGAGGAGGAUGCCUGCAGCCAGGCUGUGCUCUGGGGCCCUGGCUCCCUGGAGACAGAUGGCCCCAGCGAUGCCCCAGGCCCUGUUCCUGAGACGGCCACAGCUGAUGGGGACAAGCUGGAUGCAGACUACAUUGAGAGGUGCCUGGGCCAUCUCACUCCCAUGCAGGAGAGUUGCCUGGUCCAGCUUCGGCACUGGUUACAGGAGACCCACAAAGGCAAGAUCCCCAAGGAUGAGCACAUCCUGCGCUUCCUGAGGGCACGAGACUUCCACCUGGACAAGGCCCGGGACAUGUUGUGCCAGUCCCUGAGCUGGCGGAAGCAGCACCAGGUGGAUCUCCUUCUGCAGACCUGGCGGCCCCCCGCGCCCCUGCAGGAGUUCUAUGCUGGAGGCUGGCACUACCAGGACAUAGAUGGUCGCCCCCUCUAUAUCCUGCGCCUGGGCCAGAUGGACACCAAAGGCCUCAUGAAGGCAGUAGGCGAGGAGGCGCUGCUGCAGCACGUUCUUUCUGUCAACGAGGAAGGACAGAAGAGAUGCGAAGGAAACACCAGACAGUUUGGCCGUCCCAUCAGCUCCUGGACCUGCUUGCUGGACCUGGAGGGCCUCAAUAUGCGGCAUCUGUGGCGGCCUGGGGUGAAAGCCCUGUUGCGCAUGAUCGAGGUGGUGGAAGACAAUUACCCGGAGACUCUGGGCAGGCUGCUCAUCGUGCGUGCGCCCCGCGUCUUCCCGGUGUUAUGGACUCUGGUCAGCCCCUUCAUUAAUGAGAACACGAGGCGGAAAUUCCUCAUCUACAGUGGCAGCAAUUACCAGGGCCCUGGUGGCCUGGUGGACUACCUGGACAAGGAUGUGAUCCCGGACUUCCUAGGAGGAGAGAGUGUGUGUAAUGUUCCCGACGGAGGGUUGGUUCCCAAGUCGCUGUACCUGACGGAGGAGGAGCAGGAGCAGGCUGACCAGCUACGGCAGUGGAGUGAGACCUACCAUUCAGCCAGCGUGCUUCGAGGGAGCCCCCAUGAGGUUGCCAUGGAGAUUCCAGAAGGGGAGUCCGUCAUCACCUGGGACUUCGACAUCCUCCGAGGGGAUGUGGUGUUCAGUCUGUACCAUGCAAAGCAGGCACCCAAGCUUGGUCCCCAGGAACCUGGUGGUAGAGCCAGCGGGCAGCUGAUCGACAAGAGCUGGGUCCUGGGGGUGGAUUACAGCCGUGUAGAGGUGCCCCUCAUCUGCCGGGAAGGGCAGAGCAUUCAGGGUUCCCAUGUGACUCAGUGGCCAGGCAUUUACCUGCUCCAGUGGCAGAUUCACAGUCCCCCUGAGAGUGUGGCCUGCAGUCUCCCUGGCAUGGAUGAUGUCCUGACUGCCCUGCACAGCCCUGGCACCAAGUGCAAGCUGCUGUACUACUGUGAGGUGCUGGCGUCUGAAGACUUUAGGGGCUCCAUGUCCAGCCUGGAAUCCUGUGCCAGCCGCUUCUCUCAGCUCAGCGCCACCACCUCUUCCUCGUCCUCUGGCCAGUCCCACAGUGGCUCAAUGGUGUCCAGAUAGCUGGCGGGAGACCUGCUAGCAGCCCACGUGCUUCUGGCAUCAGGCAGCGUUGAAGAUGAGAAGGAAGCGGGGCCAGUCAUCUGGGACCAUGCUGGGUGCAGACGAUGCCACAGCUGAGGUUUGGGGACCCCGCAGCGGGGAUCCAGCUUUCUACCUGUGUGCUGAGGGAGCCUCAUUUCAUGACCCUUGAGGGGACAAAGACAGUCUCUCUACUUUUGACUUUCUUUUAAAAGCCGAGACCUCAAGGAUUAUUCCACUUCCUGGCUCCUGGCUCUGGAAUUUAGGAAGGACCAGGGCUGGGCCCUUCUCACCACUUGCUCUGCUUCUCACAGGUUGGCUGCCUCCUCAGGGAAGCCUUUUCUACCACAGGAUCGUCACCCCUCAGUGCCCUCCCCCAACUCCCAGGAGAGUAUACAAGGGAACUUCUCUU